AUGGCUACGGACAAGAUCACUUUCCUGACCAACUGGCACGCCACCCCGUACCAUGCCCCGCUGUACCUCGCCCAGGCCCGCGGCUACUUCAAGGAUGAAGGCCUCAAGGUCGCUCUCCUCGAGCCCAAUGACCCCUCUGAUGUCACCGAGAUCAUCGGCAGCGGCAAGGUCGACAUGGGCUUCAAGGCUAUGAUCCACACUCUGGCUGCCAAAGCCCGCAACUUCCCCGUGACUUCCAUCGGCUCUCUCCUCGACGAGCCCUUCACGGGCGUCGUCUACCUCAAGUCCUCCGGCAUCACCACGGACUUCCGCUCCCUCAAGGGCAAGCGCAUCGGCUACGUCGGCGAGUUCGGCAAGAUCCAGAUCGACGAGCUGACCAAGUACUACGGCAUGACCGCCGACGACUACACCGCCGUGCGCUGCGGCAUGAACGUCACCAAGGCGAUUAUCCGCGGCGACAUCGACGCCGGCAUCGGUCUUGAGAACGUGCAGAUGGUCGAGUUGGAGGAGUGGCUCGCCACCCAGAACCGGCCCCGCGAUGACGUCCAGAUGCUGCGCAUCGACCAGCUCGCCGAGCUGGGCUGCUGCUGCUUCUGCUCUAUCCUGUACAUCGCCAACGACGCAUUCUUGGCCGCCAACGCGGAGAAAGUGGGCAAGUUCAUGCGUGCCGUUAAGCGCGCUACGGAUGCCGUUAUUGCCGAUCCUGCGGGUACGUAUGAGGAAUACGUUGAUAUGAAGCCUAUCAUGGACACGCCCGUGAACCGCAAGAUCUUCGAGCGCUCGUACGCGUACUUCAGCCGUGAUCUGAAGAAUGUCUCUCGUGACUGGGAGAAGGUUACCCGCUACGGAAAGCGUCUCGGUAUCCUGGAGGAGAACUUUGAGUCUAACUAUACCAACGAGUUCCUCUCGUGGGCGCUCGAUGGGGACUCGACUGAUCCGACUGGUGACCAGAAACGCAUGGCCGAGCUGCAGAAGGAGGUUGCUGCCAAGGGUGGCUUCAAGCGUCUGGAGGUUUCGGCUUCUGCUUGA